ACCAUUUUUUUAAAAAUCUAUUUUCUAAAAGUCUUGCAUUUUUUUUGUGGCAUCACUGAGAUUAAGUGCGUGCCGAUAAACAUCCCAGAUCCUCAGCUGCAUAAUAUUAAAAAUUAGUUUAAAUUUUUAUUAAUUAAAAUAAAUAGUCGGCUCCGCGGCACGGAGUAUUCCUGCUCGGGUGGCGCACUAGUAGUUACUGAUGUGACCGAUAGGGGGCGUUGAGAGAAUGCUUACUGCCCUGUACAGAGGCUACACAUCAUGCUUUGUAUGAGAAAUAAAGACUGGACCACGUUGUUGACGUUUUGUGAAAGUCGUGUACACGCUGUAUUUUGAGGGCACUGUCCGAAGUAGUACUUUUCGCGCACCCAAGUCACGCAGUUAUUACUCGAUGGCUAUCGAAUUCGCUGGUGUUAUGAGUGAAGAGGCAUUCCAUACUAAGUUUUAUUACUGCGGUGACGGGUUGCAUUACACCCUGUCGCGAGUAAGCGAAGACCGGAGAGAAGCUGCUUUCGAAUGUUUGCUUAGUGGUACUAAGGGCUGUCCUGGACGUGCUGUUUGGCGUCAAGGUUUUGGUUUGAGACACACCGUCCUCCACAAUCAUCUGCCAAGCCCAUUAUAUCCAGAAGAGAUCAAGUUAAAGAGACAAAUACUAACUCGUGUCAAAAGUGGUGAAUAUUCUUCUUAUGCUGAUAUAUUCAGAGAAGAAAGCUCACGGUAAGGUUUAUAAACAAACCAUAAUUAUUUUUUUCUCAUUUUCUUACUUCUUAUUUUUCCUUUCUUAUCAUAGAUUUUCUAUAGCAGUACAAGCAAGGGUUACCCUGACCAGAAUGACUGUAGAAAUGAAAUUAGCACGCCUCUCUCUGUGUCCAUUUACUCCAACCUCCCUGGAAGAUUUGGCAAGAAUUUUUGGGGAUCAUUUCUACCGAGUGAUGUCAUUAAGCAUUGAUGGUCAGGAGAAUUUAUUUUGCAACUACUUUCAAUUGCCUGAUGGUUCAGGUUGCAUAGUAUUUGCUUCAAUCAGAAUGACUGCCUUUCUUAGUCAUGCUUCUCAGAUUUAUUGCGACAGUAGCCAAACCACACCAACUCCACAUUUCUUGGUUUUGUCAAUUAGUGCUGUUCACAAUGGUUUCAUUGUGCCUGUUCUCCACUGUUUAUUUCUACAAAAGAGUUUUCUUGGAUACAAGUCUAUUAUCAAUCAUCUCAAAAGACUAAACCCUCGCCUUUCUCCGGAAACCGUUGUUACUGGAUUUGAUGACGACUUAGCUGCUGCAUGGGUUGCUCUGUUCCCUACCGUAACAUGCCUAAACAGGACCUCAUUCCACUUUAUAAAAUCUAUAAUGGAAGCUGUCAAGGAUUUAGGUCUUUCCUCAAGCUUUAGAAACAAUGCAGAAGUCACUAGUGCAGUUCAAGCCUGCUGCAUAAUUAAUAUGUGUCCGCAUGAGAUAAUGCGUGAAGCACUCACAUGUAUUGUCAAUAAAACCAGUCAACUCAAUGUGUUUAACCAACUGAGGCCAUUGUACGAUUAUAUUUGGUCUUUCUGGCUAAAUGGUGUCAGGUUUGCAAACAAAGAAGUUUCAGUAUGUUCUAAUGUGGAAUGUACAAUGAACACAUUUGAAAUACUUCACCACAUGAUGCGGACUGAAAAGGUUUCAAUACGUGGCAAUAUCUUCCUCUUUAUUGGGGGUCUUGCCAGCAUUGAAGAUACUGCUGUCCAAGAUAUACAACUGCUCCUCCGUGCACAACGGCCAUGCAGAGAAAGAAAAGCAAGAUCGCUUGCCACUUCUAAUUGUGUUAGUGAUUGUACAACUGAUUUGUCCACGGGCAAAAUUCAUGUUAGUGAAUUUAUUGACAAGCUGUCUCCUUGUGUUCAGUCAUUAUGUCGUGCUCUUCUAUAGGAAGGACAGUUAUUGACUGCAAAGUGUGAAUUUGUGA